AUGCUUUCGGCAUUCACAGCUCGGCCGAUCAUAGAGCUUAAGCAACGGGAUAAGUCCAAGAUUGAGACAAUCCUCGCGCAUGGCGAUCGUGUUUUCGUAGGCCUCAACAGCGGAGCUCUUCGCAUCUACCGUCUCAACGAGCUACCGCCUCCGUCGCCGACCCAGGCCAAUGGCUCCUCUCAACCUACCACGGCGGGUUCGCAAGACGCAACCGAGACCAACACGACGACAGAACAGCCGAAGAAACCUACAGACCUAUUGCGCGAGGUAGAAAAGUUCUCGAACAGGGCGAUUGAGCAGCUCGCCGUAAUCAAAGAAGCCAACACUCUUGUCUCGUUGUCGAACUACUACGUAUCCCUCCACGACCUCGGAACCUAUGAGCCUCUAGAGACUCUAUCGCGAACGAAGAACGCCACCUGCUUUGCCGUCACAUCAAACAUCGUGAAAGAUGCAGCAACCGGAAUACCAGAGAUUAUAAGUCGCCUGGCGGUGGCUGUCCGUCGUCGAUUGCUACUAUGGAGCUGGCAUGAAAGCGAGCUGAGCGCCGACGUUGGGGAAGUUACAUUACCGGAAUCGAUACGAACCGUCACAUGGGCCAGCGCGACAAAGAUCGUAUGCGGAAUGAACGCGGGAUACGUUUUGGUCGACGUAGUCACCCAUGAGGUCGAGGAUAUCAACAGCCCAGGCUCUGCGGCAUCAGGCGGGCAGGCUAGUCGUUUCGGAGCGGUGAGCAGCGCUGGAAUGGGCUAUAUGGGCCUCGGAGGAUACAUGCCCAAGCCGCUCGCCGCGAAGCUUGCCGAAGGCGAGCUGCUGUUGGCCAAAGACAUCAACUCCAUGUUCAUUACGGACGAAGGAAAGCCGGUUGAAAAACGACAGAUUCCUUGGCAAGCUGCUCCUGAGCAGAUCGGUUACUCAUACCCAUACAUCCUGGCUUUGCAAGCUCCGUCAAAAGGCUCGCUUGAAGUCAGGAAUCCAGAGACGUUGCACCUGUUGCAGACCAUACCCCUUCCAGGGGCGGCGCAACUUCACUUUCCGCCACCUAAUGUCAGUCUCGCUCACGCGGGUAAGGGGUUCCACAUCUCCAGCGACCGAUGUGUUUGGAAAAUGGGGGCUACCGACUACGAUUCACAAAUCGACGAGCUGGUCGAAAAGGGCAAAUACGACGAGGCCGUCAGCAUCCUUAACAUGCUUGAGGACGCCCUCCUCCGAAACAAGAAGGAGACUCUCCGAGAGGUCAAAAUGCUCAAGGCUGAGAUGCUUUUCAAGCAAAAGAAGUUUUACGACUCCAUGGAUCUUUUCAAUGAGGACGAUGUUCACGCACCACCUGAGCGAGUUCUCAAGCUUUUCCCACCAUCCAUCGCCGGAGAGAUGUCUGCUUGGGCGCACGGAGCGCAACCGGAUGAAUCUGGUAGCGAUGAGAAAGAGAGUGAGGAGGAACCGCAGCAGAAAACAAAUGGAGACAAGCCCAAGGAAGAUGCAGCGGAAACACCCGUAUCCCCGGCAAAAGGAGGCGUUGGCUUUGCCAAGUUAUUCAUGGGUGCCCGCAAGACGGUGCAGCCAGAUGCUGCCUCGAUCAUAUCCAAGAAAGACACAAUAGAUGUCGAAGAGACUGGGAGCAUCAGAAGCAAAGCCACCGAGAACCUGCCGCUUGAGGGCGAGGAGCUCUUAGCUGCCGUUACAUCUUUAGCUGGUUAUCUUGUCGGGACAAGAACGCGUCUACAAAGGGUCAUCGACCCGAGCACCGGCAAGCUGAAACGGACAGAUACCAAUGGCUCCAACAAAGAGACCAUGAAGAGCUUCAUGUCUGGCUCGCAUGACGACGAAUCGGGGAGCCAGCUAGAGGGAGAGAUCCGGAGGACGUCGCGAAUUGUAGACACCGCUUUGUUCCGGACUUACAUGAUGACCAGGCCUGCUCUAGCUGGGCCCCUUUUCCGCCUCCCGAACUUUUGCGAUCCAGACGUGGUCAACGAAGCACUGCUUUCACACAGCCGAUACAACGAGUUGGUUGAUUUCUUCAGCGGCAAGAAGCUUCACUCUCAGGCACUUGAGCUUCUUAAGCGCUUUGGAACUGCCGAGACACCUGAUGAGGCUGCCCCGGGCUUGCAUGGGCCUCAAAGGACAGUCAUCUAUCUUCAGACACUGCCGCCGUCUGAGAUCGAUCUCAUCUUGCAAUACUCGGAAUGGACUCUGAGAGCGGAUCCCAAAUUGGCCAUGGAAGUGUUUAUCGCAGACUCUGAAAAUGCCGAGACAUUACCUCGUGGCCGGAUCGCUCGCUUCCUGGGCGGGAUCGAUCCAGGAUUGGAGGUGCAGUACCUGGAGCACAUCAUCUCCGAGCUUGACGAGUCAACUCCAGAUUUCCACAACCGUCUUGUCGAGCUCUUUAUCAAGCAUUUGAAGGAGAAGAAACGCGACGAUGAAUGGGACGCAGAGAUGGAUCGUUUCGUGCAGUUCCUCAAGACAAGCAGCCAGUACAGCCUUAGCAAGGCGUUCAGCCUCAUCCCUCGCGACGAUCCUGCUUUCUACGAAGCUCAAGCCAUAGUGCUGAGCAACAUGGGCUCGCACAAGCAGGCACUGGAAAUCUACGUCUUUAAGAUGAAAAAUUACGCCAAAGCCGAAGAGUAUUGUAAUAUCGUACAUAAGUCCAGAGACUCUAGGCCUUCGUCACCAGACCAGUCACGACGCCCGUCAUCGGCGGAUGAUCCUGAGGAUUCGGCUCCAUCCAUUUACCACACCCUUCUUUCGCUGUAUUUGACCCCACCGUCACCCCACAAACCAGCACAUGACCCGGCUCUCGAGCUAUUGUCGAGGCACGGAUCGCGUCUACCGGCAGCAUCAACUCUCUCCCUGAUUCCCGACGACCUUCCUGUUCGCGAUCUCGAGUCAUACUUCCGUGGCAGAAUUCGGUCUGCUAACAGCGUCGUGAACGAGUCGCGCAUCGUAGCUCGGCUGAGAGACACGGAACUGGUAUCGACGCAGGCGCUCCUGCUCCUUGGCGACGGCAUACCCGGCGGACAGGGCGGGCGCAACAGAAGGGUGACGAUUACUGAAGAGCGGCUAUGUGGCGCUUGCCACAAGAGACUGGGGCGAAGCGUGGUGUCGGUUCUUCCAGACAACAACGUGGUCCAUUAUGCGUGUUUUAACAAGGCAACGUCGCAGCGACCGCAAAGCUCUCGGGCAGGAAACUGGGCUCGAAGGUUUUCGUGA